UUGCUUAGAUUUGGCAUUGUUGGUCCAUGAUACCCAAAAGGGAAAGACAUUUUAGUUUUCGUUGGCUUUCAACUUCAACAUUCCCAUCUCAUCUGUCAAAGCCUAUAUGGAUGCUAUACAAAAAAAGUUAGAUUUGAAGCUAAGCAAUGAUGCAAAGGAAAAUUCCAUUUUCCUACUUUCUUUGCUUCACCUUUCCUAAUACCUCCCCUCAUCCCAAAUCCAUUUUCAAGGCAGGGAACUAACUCCUCAGCAAGCAAUGUCUUCAUCUUUCGAUCAUCUUCUCCUCCAUCACUUCCUUCCUCCCUUCAACCAUUUUCGGCCGCCAUGGAAGAUAUGAACACCCUAGCGGCCGACUGUAUUGUCAUAUGCUGUUGCUGCCAAUGCCUGGCGUUGCAUAUCCUUCUCCUUUUGUUACUCAAGCUUCCCUGUAAACUCGUUCGAAAAACGAGAGACUUCGCCAAAAGAAGGCUAAGAAUGAGAGAAAAAGAGGAAAAGAUGGUAAUGGAAGAUGAGGUUAGAGGCAGUAGUAAUGGAAGAUGUAUGAGAAGUGAAGAAGAUGGGUUGGGUUUGAGUUGUUGUAUGGAAGAGAUUGAGAGGGUGAUGCAGGAUUUGCAUGAGAAGGGAGAGUUUGGUUUUGGAAGCUUUUGGGGAAGGAAGGGUAACUCAGUUUCAGGUUCCUGCAGAGAUGAAGAGCCAUUUAAUCCUACACAUGUACAGUAUCAAUUAAUUCAAGUACCUUCUACAUGAGACGCCCUUUCUGUUUCUCCUUCUAUAUCCGUUCUUCAUUUCCUGCUGUUUUUGUGCCAAAAUUUACCAAAACAUCAGAAAUAACAUAAUCAGCA